CAACAUCGGAGGAAUCAUCCUGAUAGACCGCAUCGUACACAUGGCCAAUGACCUCUUCUUACAGGACCAGAGGACCCAUGGAGCCAAUGAGUACUUCCUGGAGAAGGAUCCAGCCACGGGGAUAUGUCACUUCUUCUAUGACAGCGCCCCUAGUGGCAGCUACGGUACCAUGACCUACCUCUCCAAGGCUGUGGUCACAUACCUACAAGAUUUCCUGCCACAGUCCACCUGUCUCAUGCAAUGACRUAUCAGACUGGGUUUGAUGUAGAGCACUCUCCCUGGCCUCGCAGGCAGCUAUCAAGAGAGUCUAGUCAAGUAAUAUAUUAUAGUGUGGAACGAAAUAUUAAUGCCUAGUUCCGAUUCUCCCCAAUUGUACGCUUGUUCACUCCCAUUCAAGGAUGAUUUAAUCAUUGGAUUGAAUUCUUGAAGUGAGUGAGUGCACACUUCAGAGAGAAGGGGGAGAACUAGACUUAGGUAGGAAGUUGGAUGUGGAUUGACCUAUGACCUAUGACUAAGAUAUUCACAACACACACUCUACUCAAAGGAGUUUUAUUGCAGCUAAUUGAUUGAUUAUAAUCAAUAAUAUAGCAGGUUUAAAAUUAAAUAUAUGUUUGUUUUUUAUUUUAAGUGUUGGACUACACGCAGUACWAAAAUUAUUUAUUAUUUUAAUUUUAACAUUUAAUAUAUAUGUGCAAAUCAGAUCUAGUUGUUUAAAACAAUCUAAUAUGAUAUAAUGACUGUAUUUUGCCUAACCCUCCUCUAUUGUAUCAGUGUCUCACCCUGUCUUGUGGGAAUAUAAACAUAUCCAGGAGUUCCUAUGUUGUCCCGUGUUGAAGUACUGCAGCUGCCCGUGUACCUUUAAUACCACUGUAAAAUGUACCUCUCRUGUUAUCUCAAGUGUUGCUCACCAUCACCRCUGUAUGUGUCACAAAUACUGUACAUUUAUCCAUAUGUACCCGGAGCAUGUCAGCAAGGCCUUCAUAACAGCUAAUGUGACUGUGUGCUUAUCUGUGAAGUAAAAUAAUGUCAAUGUGAUUAUAUAUAACAUGGUUGAAUCAGUCCAACAGCGGUUCAUCCCAUAUUCAGCCUUUAGCCGUAUACAUCCUGUACAACAGAGUGUGUUAGACAUUAGCAUCCUAGCCGUAUACAUCCUGUACAACAGAGUGUGUUAGACAUUAGCAUCCCGUAGCCGUAUACAUCCUGUACAACAGAGUGUUUUAGACAUUAGCAUCCCAGCCGUUAUACAUCCUGUACAACAGAGUGUGUUAGACAUUAGCAUCCCAGCCGUAUACAUCUGUACAACAGAGUGUGUUAGACAUUAGCAUCCUAGCCGUAUACAUCCUGACAACAGAGUGUGUUAGACAUUAGCAUCCCAGCCGUAUACAUCAUGUACAACAGAGUGUGUUAGACAUUAGCAUCCUAGCCGUAUACAUCCUGUACAACAGAGUGUGUUAGACAUUAGCAUCCAGCCGUAUACAUCCUGUACAACAGAGUGUGUUAGACAUUAGCAUCCUACCGUAUACAUCCUGUACAACAGAGUGUGUUAGACAUUAGCAUCCUAGCCGUAUACAUCCUGUACAACAGAGUGUGUUAGACAUUAGCAUCCUAGCCGUAUACAUCCUGUACAACAGAGUGUGUUAGACAUUAGCACCAGCCGUAUACAUCCUGUACAACAGAGUGUGUUAGACAUUAGCAUCCAGCCGUAUACAUCCUGUACAACAGAGUGUGUUAGACAUUAGCAUCCCAGCCGUAUACUCCUGUACAACAGAGUGUGUUAGACAUUAGCAUCCCAGCCGUAUACAUCCUGUACAACAGAGUGUGUUAGACAUUAG